AUGUACUUCCGAUAUUUCCGUCUAUUGCAUAAUGUGCUGCGUCGAUUGGCAAAUUCUCCUAAUAAGUUGCUACCUUUUCAUCACCGGAAAGAACAGACUCUUAUUCAAGUUACAAUUUCUACUGGGUUAAUCUGUCUUUCUUGGCCAUUCUCUAAAUCUACAGAAUCCACUUUUGAAGAGAAAACUUCCACACUUCUCAAGACUGCCAUUAUUCAAAUUAGAGAGGAGAACUAUAAAGAAGCUGAUGAUAAUCUUCACCAGAUUCUACAAAUUUUAGCUAUUGCUUCUAGAGACAAUGAAAUCACCCCAGAGGAACAUGCAAGGAGCCAAGCUCGAGUUUUUCUUGAAUUGGCCAAACUGCGCAUGUGCCAGCAGAACUAUAGUGACGCCGAAAAGCUCCUAACUGAAACCAUACGCUUCUCAAUUGCUGCAGGGGUGGACCCUCAAGAUUCGCGUAUUGUUGAGCUUUCCUUGAAAUUGGCAUUACUUUAUUCACGAUUGGGGGAAACGUCUAAAGCAUCAUCAGGGUUGGAGUAUUGUUUUGACGCCCAAAUGAAAAAAACUGGCCAAAUUUUUCAGUCACCGGGAAUAAAACUCUCAGAUGCAGAGCAAAAUGAAAUUGCCCUUCUUGGAUUAGUUUCAAACGCUUAUGCGCAUUUUCUCAUUAAGAAUGGAGAUUUCUCUGCAGCUCAAGAGAAGUUAGAGACCUCUCUCAAAUCUGCGCAGUUGAUCUAUCCCCCAAAUCAUGAUAACAUCCUACAUCUUCAAGCUGACUUGGCUAAUACAGACAGCAGACUUGGGAAUUAUGAUAAGGCUUUAGGACGUCUCAAAUCGGUUAUUAGUAAUGCUGAAAAUCAAAGCACACCCAAUCUCCCGUUACUUCGAUUAUUUUGUGCUGGAGCUUUGAUAGAGGGAAACAGGGGUGAAUUUACAGCCGCUUUUGGAUGGUUAGACAAGGCUGUAGAAGCUGCAAAUAAAAUGACUUGCAAACCAUCCAAGGAACUUGCGCAGAAAGAGAUUCAGUCCGUGCGAAAUAUGCUGGAUGCUUGGCAAAAGGAUGAAGAGAAGGCGGCUGCUAGUGAAAUAGAAAUUUGA